AUGGGUGGAUUGUUUUCUUUUUCUAAAAGUACCCAGCCAGGUCAUGACGAUGCUAAUGACCCAGGUGUGUCCCCUGGUGUGUGCCCAGGUGUGACCCCAGGUGUGACCCCUGGUGUGUCCCCAGGUGUGACCCCUGGUGUGUCCCCAGAUGUGUCCCCAGAUAUGUAUCCCCUGGUGUGUCCCCAGCUGUAUUUCCAGGUGUGUCCCCAGGUGUGUCCCCUGGUGAGCUCCUCUGGAGCAGAGCCCACCUGCCUCCUCCUUGCCUCACCCCCGGCAGUGACCAGGUCAUGA